CUUGUUGGAUAAAAUGGAGCCUGGUCCCUUGUAGGGUAUCUUACACGACUUCAUUUUCCUCACAAGAAUGGUAUGAGAUAUUGUCAUCCUUAAUUUUCAUCAGGAGACCUGGAAGAAAGAGGGAUUCCCACGGUCGACAAGGAAGGAAGCCCCAUCCCUGCAGAAGCAGGAACUAAAGUCCACCCAGGAUGACAACUGUUAAUGAAAACACGGAGGCCCAAGAUGAGAAAUCCCAGAUGUCUAGACCUUCGGAUUCCAAAUCCCUGAUUACUAUUACCUCAGCUUCCCAGCUCUUAAAGACUGAGUUGACUACGGAAAAAUUGAUGGCAGAGAGACAGAAGUCUGACACUGUACCAUCAUGCAUUUGGUCUGAUGAAUAUAAUGAUGAAAUACUGGAGACCAUAGACAAUGAUGUGCCAAAGAAGGAAACCCCCAUUGAACGACCAUCCUGGGCCAAUAAAAUUGAGUACCUUCUGGCCCAGGUGGGCUUUUCUGUGGGGCUGAGCACCAUCUGGCGCUUUCCUUAUCUGUGUUUUCACAAUGGAGGUGGCAGUUUUCUCAUCAUCUACAUCCUCAUGCUGUUCUUGGUUGGGGUUCCUCUUCUAUUCCUGGAGAUGGCAGCUGGUCAGAGGAUGCGUCAGGGCAGCAUUGGUGUAUGGAAGGUCAUCAGCCCCUGGAUUGGUGGUGUGGGGUAUACCAGCUUCAUGAUGUGCUGCAUCGUGAGCUUGUACUACAGUGUGCUCAUGGCCUGGAGUCUCUUCUAUUUGGUGCAGUCUUUCCAGUACCCACUGCCUUGGGCAUUGUGCCCCUUACUGAGGAACUCCAGUGAUUUUGAUCCUGAAUGUGAGCGGACAACAUCCACCACAUACUUUUGGUACCGACAUGUAUUGAAGGCCACAGAUGAAAUUGAAAUGGGUGGGCUACCAGUUACACAUCUCAGUAUCUCUCUCUUUGCAACUUGGUUGAUUAUCUGCAUCUCCAUGAUCAAAGGACCCAAGUUCACUGGAAAGAUGCUGUAUGUCUCAGUAAUCCUUCCCUACUUCAUCAUUUUCUGUCUCCUUAUCCGGAGUCUCAUGCUGGAAGGUGCAUAUUUUGGUCUCAAGAAUUUGUUAGCUGCCAAGGUGCCAGCCCUGUACUCUGUGGAAGUGUGGCGCCGGACAGGGAACCAGAUCUUUUUAUCCAUGGGCCCUGGCUUUGGCAGCUUCACUGCAAUCAGCUCAUACAUCCCUCAGUCCAACAACUGUGUCAUGGAUGCCUUUGUUGUGGCUUUUCUCAAUUUGACUGCCUCACUGACUGCCACACUGUUUGUAUUUGCCAUAAUGGGCCACUUGGCCACAGAGAACCAUGAAAAAUGUUACCUGAGGAAUGCUAAGACAGUACAGUAUCUGAUAGCUUCUAAGAUGCUGCCUCCUGAGGCCCAAUUGCCAGACAGUCUGUAUCAUGAUCCAAGCUCCAUCUACUCCCAGUGGUUCAAGAGUCUCCCUGAACAAAUCAAAGAUGUGGUCCUACCCUAUUUGUCCAAUUGCAACUUAACUUACCAAUUGAAAGAGGUUAUGGAGGGUCCUGGUGUAGCCAUUGUGGCAUUUACUGAUAUCAUCUCUGUGUUUUCUGGAUCCACCUUCUGGUCCAUCAUCAUCUUCAUGAUGCUGGCGAACCUGGGGCUGAGCACCAUGAUAGGGAUCAUGCAUGGCAUUAUUAUUCCUCUCCAGGACACUUUCUCUUCCCUCAGGAAAAAUAUAAUCCUGCUCACAGUGGGCAUCUGUGUGUCUCUGUUCCUGGGAAGCCUCAUUUUCGUGAGGCCUUCGGGCAGCUACUAUGUGAACCUGCUGGAUGAUUACUGGGCAUCUCUGCCCCUCUUCCUCACUGUCAUCUUGGAAAACAUAGCCAUAGCCUGGAUCUAUGGAGCCAGGAGGUUCCUUGCAGACUUGAUUAUCAUGUUGGGCCGCCCCAUCUCCCCCAUCUAUCGUUGGCUGUGGUGCUUUCUGUCUCCAUUUGUGCUGCUAGUCCUGUUUUUAAGUGCCCUGAUUCAUCUGUCUCUGAAGAGCAUCACCUACUUGGCCUGGAACUCAAGCAUUUCAAAUGAGGUGAUCCAAACUUAUCCAUCAUGGGCUAAAGUCGUGCUCAUCAUCCUUAUCACCAUUACCAUCUUGCCUAUCCCUGCCUACUUCUUAUACACACUCAUUGAUGUGAAUUUCUCAGUCUCUGUGAUUCGAAGUAGGACUACAGUUAUCUUCAAACCUGAAGCUAAAGGGAACCCACUGAGGCCCCAUCCACAGCUUCAGUUGAGGCAAAGCCAAAACAGUUGAGGCAAAGCAAAACAAAGCCAAAAGGUUAAUAAAAUGGAUAAAUAUCAGGGAAAAAAAACCUCUCUGCCAUGUGAGUAAUUCAUUUUGGAAAUAAAAGACUUGGUUUAUUUGGCAAAACAUCACUUCUUUUUCAGAGUGGAACUCCCUGGCUGGCAGCUUGACAUUAGAAAGGUAAAAGUAGCACCUGUUGUAACUGGACCCAAGACAUUUUGUUUUCCUGGAUUGGGAAAGUUUUUUCUGGCCAGAUGGAGGUUAACACAGCACCCAUUCUAUGCAUCUCCUAUACUUGCCCUCACCAGACUAAGAACCUCCUAUACUUGCCCUCACCAGACAAAGAACACUAAUAAUAGUGUUCUUUGACUUCCAGUAUUUGGUUGAUAGUGAUUGCCGACCCUACUUCUAGACUGCCUUCCUCUUGGAAUUGGUCUGUGUAAGGUCUGAUCCCUAUAAAACCUAGGAAAAAUGGUGCCAGUAAUGAAAUCAGUGGAACUUUGAUUUUUCCAUUAAAAAAAAAAAAAAAAGCCCAACUCUCAUUAUUGUAUUCCACUGAUUUUAUCCAAUUCAAAUGCUAGAAUCCCAGGCCCUUUCUGCCUGGUCCUUCCUGUAAGUAAACAGAUAUAGUUUUCUUGAAAAUACUGGAUUCACUAAUUAUGGCAAAGCAGUUAACUAAUUGGUGACUUUUCAUAGAUCUCUUAAAUACUUGGAAUAGUUGAUUACCAAGUUUACCAAGGGACUUAAAACUUUACACAUUAUUUAUUUUUACUAUGGCGGAAGGCUGAUAGAAGGAUAUUUGGCAAGGAAUGAGAGAGAGAGAGUAGAGGUGAACUGCAGAGUUGGAAGACUCAAGGAGUACUUCAUUUAAGGCAAGGUGACAUCAAAAUAAGACAAACAAGACACACCAUAGUAUGGCACACCUAAAACAUACCAUAAAAUACAUUUCAUCAAUCCUCUGUAAAUGCAUAGAUGAGCUUUGAAGAAAUUAAGGGGAAUCUUUAAUUUAAUUAAGUCUAAGCAUGAAUUCAGGAAGUGUUAAAGCUACCAACUGCUUUGGGACAAUUGCUACUCUAGGAACUUAGUGAUUUGGGAUUUAAAGUC